CCCGCUGCGCCAGGCGCGCCAUCCCCGGCCCGGCGUGCGUCCCCACGAGGAAAGUGACCCCGCCGCUCGGGGCCCCCCUCUGACCGGCGUCCGCGCCGUCGCCACCGCCGAGGGCCGCGCCUGCCCUCGUCCCCAGCCCUCCCUCCUCCCCGCCAUGGACGCCCCAGGCCACGAGCCGGGGGGCAGCCCCCAGGACGAGUUCGACUUCUCCAUCCUCUUCGACUAUGACUAUGUGAAUCCUUUCGAAGAAGAACCGAAUGCACAUAAGGUCGCCAGCCCACCCUCCGGACUCGCAUACCCCGAUGAUGUCCCGGACUGUGGCCUCAAGCCAUACAGCCCCCUCGCCAGUCUCUCUGGCGAGCCCCCCGGCCGGUUUGGAGAGCCGGAUAGGGUAGGGCCCCAGAACUUUCUGAGCCCGGCCAAGCCAGCGGGGGCCUCGGGCCUGAGCCCUCGGAUCGAGAUCACUCCGUCCCACGAACUGAUGCAGGCAGGGGUGCCCCUCCACAUGAGAGACACCAGCCUCCUGCUGGAGCAGCCGGCCCUGGCUGGGGUGGCCGCCAGCCCGAGGUUCACCUUGCCUGUGCCCGGCUUCGAUGGCUACCGCGAGCCGCUUUGCUUGAGCCCCGCUAGCAGCGGCUCCUCUGCCAGCUUCAUUUCCGACACCUUCUCCCCCUACACCUCGCCCUGCGUCUCGCCCAAUAACGGCGGGCCAGACGACCUGUGUCCCCAGUUUCAAAACAUCCCUGCUCAUUAUUCCCCCAGAACCUCGCCAAUAAUGUCACCUCGAACCAGUCUCGCCGAGGACAGCUGCCUGGGCCGCCACUCGCCCGUGCCCCGUCCGGCCUCCCGCUCCUCGUCACCUGGUGCCAAGCGGAGGCAUUCGUGUGCAGAGGCCUUGGUUGCCCCGCUGCCCGGAGCCUCACCCCAGCGCUCCCGGAGCCCCUCGCCACAGCCCUCAUCUCACGUGACCCCCAGGGAAGACGGUGCCCCCGCUGGGUACCCCCCCACAGCUGGCUCCGCCGUCCUCAUGGAUGCCCUGAACAGCCUCGCCACGGACUCGCCCUGUGGGAUUCCCCCCAAGGUGUGGAAGACCAGCCCAGACCCGUCGCCAGUGUCUGCUGCCCCUGCCAAGGCCGGCCUGCCCCGCCACAUCUACCCCACCGUGGAGUUCCUAGGGUCCUGCGAGCAAGAGGAGAGGAGAAACUCAGCUCCAGAGUCCAUCUUGCUGGUGCCACCAACUUGGCCCAAGCAGCUGGUGCCUGCCAUUCCCAUCUGCAGCAUCCCAGUGACUGCAUCCCUCCCUCCACUUGAGUGGCCACUUUCCAAUCAGUCGGGUUCCUACGAGCUGCGGAUUGAGGUGCAGCCCAAGCCCCAUCACCGGGCCCACUAUGAGACAGAGGGCAGCCGAGGGGCUGUCAAAGCUCCAACAGGAGGCCACCCUGUGGUGCAGCUCCACGGCUACAUGGAAAACAAGCCUUUGGGGCUCCAGAUCUUCAUCGGAACAGCUGACGAGCGGAUCCUUAAGCCCCACGCCUUCUACCAGGUGCACCGGAUCACGGGGAAGACUGUCACCACCACCAGCUACGAGAAGAUCGUAGGCAAUACCAAAGUCCUGGAGAUCCCCCUGGAGCCAAAGAACAACAUGAGGGCAACCAUUGACUGUGCGGGGAUCCUGAAGCUCCGGAACGCGGACAUCGAGCUGCGCAAAGGCGAGACAGACAUCGGCAGGAAGAACACCCGGGUGCGCUUGGUGUUCCGGGUGCACAUCCCGGAGUCCAGCUCCCGCAUCGUCUCCUUGCAGACGGCAUCCAACCCCAUCGAGUGCUCCCAGCGGUCUGCCCACGAGCUGCCCAUGGUGGAAAGGCAGGACAUUGACAGCUGCCUGGUCUAUGGGGGCCAGCAGAUGAUCCUCACGGGCCAGAACUUCACGGCCGAGUCCAAAGUCGUGUUCACCGAGAAGACCACAGAUGGGCAGCAAAUCUGGGAGAUGGAAGCCACGGUGGAUAAAGACAAGAGCCAGCCUAACAUGCUUUUUGUUGAGAUCCCUGAGUAUCGGAACAAGCACGUCCGCACCUCUGUGAAGGUGAAUUUCUAUGUCAUCAAUGGAAAAAGGAAACGAAGUCAGCCUCAGCACUUUACCUACCUACCAGUCCCAGCCAUCAAGACGGAGCCCAGCGAUGAGUAUGACCCCUCUUUGAUCUGCAGCCCCGCCCACGGAGGCCUGGGGAGCCAGCCUUACUACCCCCAGCACCCGAUGGUGGCCGAGUCCCCCUCCUGCCUUGUGACCACCAUGGCUCCCUGCCAGCAGUUCCGCUCGGGGCUGCCGUCCCCUGACGCCCGCUACCAGCAGCAGAACCCAGCGGCCGUCCUCUACCAGCGGAGCAAGAGCCUGAGUCCCAGCCUGCUGGGCUACCAGCAGCCGGCCCUCAUGGCCGCGCCCCUGUCCCUUGCGGACACCCACCGCUCCGUGCUGGUGCACGCGGGCUCCCAGGGCCAGAACCCAGCCCUGCUCCACCCCACGCCUGCCAACCAGCAGGCCUCGCCGGUCAUCCACUACUCGCCCACAAACCAGCAGCUGCGCUGCGGGAGCCACCAGGAGUUCCAGCACAUCAUGUACUGCGAGAAUUUUGCGCCUGGAGCUGCCCGGCCUGGCCUGCCUCCGGUCAGUCAAGGUCAGAGGCUAAGCCCGGGCUCCUACCCCACAGUUAUUCAGCAGCAAAACACCCCAAGCCAAAGGGCCGCCAAAAACGGACCCCCGGUCAGUGACCAAAAGGAAGUGCUGCCCGCAGGAGUGACAAUUAAACAGGAGCAGAACUUGGACCAGACCUACUUGGAUGAUGUUAAUGAAAUUAUCAGGAAGGAAUUUUCAGGACCUCCUGCCAGAAAUCAGACGUAGAAGCCGCCAUUGCAUCUGACGCCUUCUGUCUCGGCCCUCGGAGCCUCUGCCGCCUCACCUUCUGUCUCCUUCUAUUCAUUCCCGCCAGAGGCCACACGGGGAACAAUGUCUGGGCUCGGAGCCGACCGUCCGGCGGAGGAGCUCGCCGCCUCUCUCUGUAAACACCAGAGCCCUCCUUCCUGUUGAAAGUUCAGCCCCAAAGAGCAUCCUGGUUGGUCUGAAUGGUGAUCCACCCAAAUCAAGUGCCUGCCGACCAGCGCCACACUGCCAGCGCCGCGGGCCGCCGGACCCCACCUGAGACCCGAGCUGUGGGUACUGACGUGCAGCCCACGCUCAGCGUUCGUCUCUCCAGUCAUGGAAAUGGCUCCUGUUCCUUUGAAAAGAGGGGUCCUCAAAGCAAUCAAAAGAAUGUGGCCCCAGAUUCAGCCUCCUGGUGAAGGAACCCCAAAGCCCUCAUGCUAGAGACAGAAAUGGGCCAUUGUCCUUAGAGAUCGCCUUGUCCAGGCAUGGCUGGGCCCCAGCAAAAGCUUUAUUUUGGAAUUUUCUCCUUCCAAAACAAAACUCCUUUGCGCAGACAAAAUCAUCUGUUAAAACUUCUCGGUGUUAACUUAUGACAUGUGUACACGAUUUUUUUUUUUUUCUCUGCUUCAAAUUGCGGGCCAAGGAGGCUGUGGGCGGAGCCCUCUUGGCCAGCUGCUCUGACCCCUGCAGCCAGCACUAAUGAGCGUCCAGGGCUGAGCUGACCCAGCUGCAGACUGUGACCGUCUAUGUGCAGCUCCUCCUUUCUGUCUUCCUUGCAGCCAGAGCGCUUUAACGUGAGAGAGUUGAGGAGAUUCUUAGGCCUGUGCCCUGAAGGUUGCGGGGCAGCAGCCAGAGGACCAAUGCAAAAACAAAACCAAAAGAAGUGCAGGGACUUUUGUUAAAACCCAAGUGCUUUUAUAAGUGUGUUUCCACCAAGAUAGAGGAUAAGGGCUGAAUUCCCUGUCUUGCCUAAACUCAGAGUGAAGCAGGGAAGCACAGGCUUUGGCCCCAAAGGUCCUUAAUUUUACUUGAACCCUUUAACACGCCCCUGGGCCUCAGCGUGCUGGCCCUGGAGCCCGGCCUGAAUCAGUCUCCGUGUCCAACCGGGAGCAGCUCUGCUCAAGUGCUGCCUUAGCCUGAGUGAGCUCUGCUCGGACCAGCUGUCUGUUGUGUGUGAUUCAUACCCAAGCACGCACAGGGUCCUGUAGCUUCCCCCACUGGUGCAGUUUUUGCAAACAAACAGAACCCUACGUGCUUGUUGUAGGAGAGUUUUAUCACAGUGUUGGGUUUGCUUGUGCUUGGUGCAGACGUCAGGACAAAGCGACAUUCAUUUCCCGCUAUUGAUUAUCUCCCUAGCAAGCAGCAAGGUGCAGAUCGCCUCGUUACUCUUCAAAAGGACGUGCUUUGAGCAGUUUCUCAGUGCAGUCUGCCAGGCGGAAAGCCUAGGAAGAAAGUCGCAGUCCCAAAGUGGGUUUUCAAAGUCCUGUCUGGUCAGGGUCACUCAGAGGUAACCCUUGCUGAGAGCCAGGUGUGCUUGGUGCUCCCAACUGAAGACCAAGUGCCCAGGUUCUGGCCUGCAUGCCCAGUGGCACAUUCUCUUUCUGUCACUACCCAGCAGUUAUGUCCCCUAAUGGCAGGGGUCCUUUUCCUCUCCCACCCCAAGCAGAGCUGAGCAAAGUUCUCCUUUAAAAACACACAGAAUGCCAGUAAGAAGUCGAGCGCGCCUGCAGAGCUUCUGCAAUGCUGAACACGUCAUUAACAAAGCAAGUCCUUCUAGCAGCAGCUUGAGCUCCUCGAGACUUCUCUCUCUAGCAGUACUGACUUCAGCAAAGAAGAACGAUGAGGGCUUGGUGAGUGAUCUGAGCUCACUUGACCUGGCUUGGAGCCGUUUUUGCACAUGAGGGAAUCGGACCUUUCCUCAGUUACCCGAAUGUUUUACCCAAGUGCCUUCCUGCUAUUGUAGCAAAGUAGCUCAGCUUCAUUGUCCAUGGGGUAAAAAGAGACUUAAUGCAUUUUCCAUCAGUCUUCUAACCAUGUUAGCAAAAAAGGGCUUCCUGGUAGCUCCAACUCCUAUACGUGUGUGUGUGUGUGCGUGUGCGUGUGCGUGUGUGUAAUACACAAAUCCCUUUUUCUAAGACAGCUAGAUAGUAUAGGAAGCACUUUCAUGAAACUAUACCAAAUAGCAAAGGAAAGAAAAAGCACUAGUUUUGAGACAUAAACAGGCAAGAGAAUGUAUGGAGAGUGGACAGCUGUCCAGAAAGUCGUGUCAGUUACAAAUGCCAGGAGGAAAGUUUGUCAAGUCAUUGAUUAGGAAAUAUUUUCAGUAUGGGAAGAGGCAGUCAAAUCCUCAAAAGCAGAAAGGAAAGGUGUCUACAUGGGAAAGAUGGGCGUGUUGCACGUGUAUCAAAGGAGUCUCAGUUAAGUCAAGGUUAGUACUUGCCGCACCCGCAGUAAUAUGCAGCACUCUGAUAGGUCUGCCAUGUUGCUGAAUGUAGUAUACUUCCAAAGUUUGCAAGUCUUCCUGUAUUGUAUAAAAAUACUGCUGCUUGAUAAUAUAUAUGCAAUCCAAAUUAAUUAGUCUGUAAUUAAAUUUUUAUUUUCUUACCUGUAUUUUUAUGCUUUUAUCUGCCCUCCAAAUAUUGCACCUCUGUUGGAGUUAGAAGAUAUUUAUAAAUGGUCAGAAUCUUUUUAAGUGUCUCUUUUUACAUAUAUGUUGAUUUCUUUUUCCCUUAAGAGAAAUGGUGUAUUCUUGAAAAUUUUUGUUCAGCAUUCCAGGAAACAAACCAAAAAACACCCCCUCUGAGCCUGGCAGGCAUCUAUCUAGGAAGAGAAAGCAGCUCAGGGCAAGAAAGAGGAUGGUUUUGUGGAAGAAGAAUCUAUUUUUCUUCUUGCUGGAAAACAAUGCUUUCUUUCUUCAGCCCUGAGCCUGGGUUUUGUCACUGAGGAGAACCGUAUUGUAAAUAAAUGAGCUAGUAGGUGAUUUUGAUUUGAAGCCAUAGAGCCUGCUUGCACUGUGAUGGAUGGAAUUCAAAGCUCCUAUUCAGAGAACCGCAAGUGCAAGCUAGAUCUCAAGCUGACCUCCGCACACAUUAACCAAAGGACAGACACGGUUUCCAGCAGCGAUAUUGCCAAGGUGAAAGAAGCUGAUUUCUUCCAAGAACUGGGAAGCACUGUUCUUCUAUUUUUGGUUUACAUUCAGUAGCCAAGACAUCUGUCUCAACGAGUGAGUCUUGGCUAGGGUGAGACUGUCACAGUUCGGCAGAUCAGAAGCUGAUGUGCUGCGAUUGUCACUCUGGACUAAAGGGAGGUUGAACUUGUUUAUGUUCAUGUCACAAAGAACACUUGCCAUAUGCUUUCUAUUGUUCCGAACUGAAUGAAUGUCAGUGGUCCAUUUAACAACUCUGCUCGUUUCACUUUUACAAGAGGCACAGGGGUAGUGGUGUUCCUGACAAGCUGGGGUGACCACUUUCAAACUCACUUUUUGGAGGGACAGCCCACUGGGGACUCACUACAUCUUAACCUUGGGUCCCCCAAGCUUAGGGCUUGGGCAUUAAGUCUUGUGGAAUCAAAAAGGCCAGUUGCAAGUACAGUAGGUAUUUUUCUGCCUCCCAACAAAGUCCUUAACAGCAGCACCACAUGACACCAGGAUCACAGGUAACUUCCCUUCACAUUCCUGAUGUCACCAUCUUAAUUUGGUUUGUUUAAAAACAAACUGGUGAUUGGUGAGAGAAGCACUUCCUGAGUAAGCCUCUCUGAAAAUGUGAUGGGGUCCUGGGAGCUGGAAAGGAAAAGUUAGCACUUUAGGGUUAGCACCGUGAAACUGCAGACUAUACUCCCCUGCCAGUUCGAGGUCUGGAGCAAUGGGUGCAGAUGAUGUGGUUUCCAUGACAGCAGGUGCUCCCAGUAUUCUGAUUGGCCUGUGCAGGUAUGGCUGUGGGACCAUAAGGCUAGCAUCUUGUCAGCGAAGACCAUUCACACCUGUUGCCUCUGUAGCUCUCAGAGGGGAGGAAAUACUGGGUCCUAAACAGCUCUCCAACAGAUGCAAGCUGCUCCAGCUCGGUGGUGCUGGAAGGCUUAGGUUUGGAAAAUCCUGACUGUUAAGGGAGUUUGAAUACAUCACAUUCCUAUGCAAAAUGUUUUUAUCUCCAGUUUAAUGUAGUUUAUUUUUGCUAUAUGUAAAGUAUUUUUAUACGGCUUGUACUAUGAUAGUUUAGCAAUAAAACCAUUGAAAGCAGCA